AAAAGCCCAUGACCGCAAAUAACCUCAUCCUCAACAAAUACUCCAUCACCACCACCACUUCUCCUCUCUACCUCACAGACACAAGAAAUGGCACUUAGUCUGACUAACACUUUCCUCCAAACCAAACCAAUCUCCCUUCCUCUCCCACCCAUCAAAAAGGUGAAAGUGAGCGCGGCAGGGAAUUACGGGCUGCAAGUGACGUGCAGGAAGAAAGACAUACACCCAGAGUUCUAUCAAGACGCCAAGGUGUAUUGCAAUGGAGAGCUAGUGUUGACAACAGGUGGGACCAAGCAAGAGUACGUGGUGGAUGUGUGGUCAGGCAACCAUCCGUUUUACCUCGGAAAUCGGUCCGGUGUUCUCGUAGAUGCUGACCAGGUGGAGAAGUUCCGUAAGAAAUACGAAGGGCUUUCGCAGAUUAUGGAAAUUCCUGUACUUAAAGGUGAGGUUAUUUUGCCUUCCAGGAAAAAAUCUUCUGCUGGUAAAGGGGGAAAGAAGAAGUAGAAACCACAAGGUAUGGAUAAUUGUUUGAGGUGAUCCGGGGGCUCUGGUUUGGUUUGGUUUGUCUGGUAAUUGUAAAAUGAUGCACACCUGUUUGAUGAAAUGCCUAUUUUUUGUUGUUAAAAAGUGAAUCUUUUGUGGGCUUA